AUGCUGCAGAUCCUCUGUCUGGUCCUCUGUGGCUUGCUGACUGGCACUUGCACGGACCCUGGGGCGCUGCUGAGGCUGGGCAUGGACAUCGUGAACCAUGAGGUCCAGAGCGCCAUGGAAGAGAGCCAUAUCCUAGAGAAGAUGGCUGCUGAGGCAGGCAAGAAGGGACCAGGGGGAAAACCCAUCAAAGGCCUCAGCAAUAUGAAGGUGAAGGAUGUCUUGGUACCGGUCAUCACACUGAACUUUGUACCCGGUGUGGGCAUCUUCCAGUGUGUGUCCACGGGUAUGACCAUCACUGGCAAGAGCUUCACGGGAGGUUACAUGGAGAUCAUUGUGGUCCUGAACAUUACAGCCACCAACCGGCUUCUGCAGGACGAGGAGACUGGCACCCCCAUGUUUAAGAGCGAGGGCUGUGAGAUCAUUCUGGUCAGCGUGAAAACCAACCUGCCUAGCAACAUGCUGCCCAAGGUCAUCAGCAAGUUCUUGGACAGCACCCUGCACAAGGUCCUUCCUGGCCUGAUGUGUCCAGCCAUUGAUGCGGUCCUGGUGUAUGUGAACAAGAAGUGGGCGAAUCUGACUGAGUUCAUGCCGGUGGGUCAGAUGGGCACUGUCAAAUAUGCCCUGACAUCCUUACCAGCCACCAUGGCCGAUCACAUCCAAGUGGACUUCAGUCCUGUGGUACAGCAACAAAAGGGUGAAACCAUCCAGCUUGCUGACGCCGGGGAGACCCCCAAGUUCCCUGAACACUCAGCUGAGGGUUCCUCGCAGCUGCUGCUUUCAGCCACCUUCCUUACAGCGGAACUGGCCCUCCUACAGAGCUCCUUGGACGUGACCAUCCAGGACCAGAAGGUUGGCAAACUGCCCCCACAAACCACCAAGACGUUGGCUGGCUUCGUCCCAGAGGUGGCCAAGGCUUAUCCCAAAAAGAAACCCUUGCUGACCAAGGUCAGGAUCAGCAAGCCCCCCAAGGUUACCAUGGAGACCGGCAAGAGCCUGCUGCAUCUGCACGGGAGCCUGGAGAUGUUCGCAGUGCGACGGCAUGGCAAGUCCCUGGAGUCCCUCUUUCUCCUGGAGACUCACUUUAGCCUGAAGGUGCUGUACUCGGUGCAUGAGAACCGGCUGCAGAUGACCACCUCUCUGAACAGCUUACUGAGUCUGUCCCGAGAGUCCUCGUCGAUUGGUGACUUCAAUGAGAAGGCAUUAACUGGCUUCAUCAUGGAUUAUCUCCAGGAAGCCUAUGUCCCUGUGGUGAAUGAUGUACUCCACGUUGGGUUCCCACUCCCUGAUGUUCUGGCCAUCAACUACAACUUGGCUGAGCUGGACAUAGUGGAGAAUGGUCUGGUGCUGGACUUGUAG